AUGACGAUUCCCGUCGAUUCUUCGGCUGCCAUUGCGGCCCACACUUCCACCAAGAGGCCAGUAGCAGAGACAAGUGAUUCCGCAGCUGCGACUCCACCUCGCUUCGCAACACCUCCUCCGCCCUCUGAUCGGGGCCACCUCGAAGACCGCCAGAAUCUAGAAAAUACGAACCAGCGCAAGAUUCAACGUAGCAGGAGACCGAGUGAAUUGGCUCGCGUCAAUGGGUUUGACGCCGACGCGGUCGACAGUGCUUUGCUUCGAGAAAUGCACCACCGGUCACAACGAGAAAGCACACCAGGCGCCAGUCCGCACCGGAAGCGCCAGAGGAUAAAUGGCGAUAGAUUCAUUCCCACACGGUCAGGUCAAGACCUCCAAGCCAGUUUUAGCUUGCUUCACGAAGAUGGCUCCCCAGCGACACCAUCCAAGCAAAAGAAGCGUACCCCUCAUGGAGAGCUUCAUUUUCAGAAGACUGAGGAGGCAAACCGUACAUUCUCGACGCUACUUCGCGCUGAACUGUUCGAAGGCUCAAUACCGCAAGCAACGCCAUCGGUUAUGUCUCCAGAGCAUUCUUUAUCUACCGCGUCCCACUCGGCACACAUACGAGAUGGCACGAGGUCUCGCACGCCGCCCAAUAAUGCUUCCACUACUUCUUUACCAUCAUCUUUGACGCCCUCCACGCCCCACAAGAACUUGUUCUCUUACAUGUCACCUCGACAGUUGAGCAACGCGGGCCACCUAACACCGUCCAGGACACCCCAAAGCCGACACGGCCCCAACUUGGACACUCGCUCCGAGAUAUAUAGUCUCUCUCCAGUUCGCUUCAAUAGCCAGCAAAUGUUGCUCAGCCCGCGGCGACAACCUCGGGCGGUCAGCAAGGUACCUUACAAGGUGCUCGAUGCCCCCGAUCUGGCAGAUGACUUCUACCUGAACUUGGUCGAUUGGGGCAGCGCCAAUGUACUGGGGGUAGGCCUUGGAUCUAGCGUUUACAUGUGGAAUGCUCAGACAAGUCGUGUUAACAAGCUUUGUACGCUCGAGGAUGAUACGGUAACGAGUGUGUCGUGGAUCCAGAAGGGAACGCACAUUGCCAUUGGUACCGGAAAGGGGCUGGUUCAGAUCUGGGAUGCCGAAAAGACGAGACGACUAAGGACGAUGACGGGCCACACGGCGAGAGUAGGAUCUCUGGCCUGGAACACCCACAUCUUAACCUCGGGUUCGCGCGACCGACUCAUCUACCACCGGGACGUUCGCGCUCCUGAUCAGUGGCUAAGGAAACUGGUCGGCCACAAGCAAGAGGUUUGUGGCCUCAAAUGGAACUGCGAAGACGGCCAGCUGGCUAGCGGUGGUAAUGAUAACAAGCUCAUGGUCUGGGAUAAGCUCUCGGAAACGCCGCUUUGGAAAUUUUCUGACCACACUGCUGCUGUCAAGGCCAUUGCCUGGUCGCCCCAUCAACGUGGAUUACUGGCGUCAGGAGGCGGAACGGCAGACCGCAGAAUCAUUUUUCACGACACAGCCAGAGGGUCUGUCAUUAACGAGGUCGACACGGGUAGUCAGGUUUGCAACAUUGCCUGGUCCAAGAACUCCAAUGAGAUUGUCUCGACACACGGGUACAGCCAAAACCAAAUCGUCGUCUGGAAGUAUCCUUCGAUGACGCAGGUGGUUAGCCUCACAGGCCACACGUAUCGUGUGCUGUACUUGGCGAUGAGCCCAGAUGGCAGAACUGUCGUGACCGGCGCCGGUGACGAGACUUUACGGUUCUGGAACGUGUUUGGACGACGGCCCGGAGCUAGGGAAGACAGCGAUGGCGGCAGACUGUCCGACUGGGGCGUCAUCCGAUGA